CUACUAGAGUACUACUAGAGUACUGCUAUAGUACUAGAGUACUACUAGAGUACUGCUAUAGUACUGUAGUACUCUAGAACAAAGCGGCUCUGAGAGCCUCGUGGUUCCGUCUCCAGCUGAUCACAACAACAUGUCCCGGAAGAAGAACGGAAUACCGGACCGAUGGCUGGACUACGAAGCUGUUGGGAGAAGACUGGACGGGACGCGUUUCAUCGCUUUCAAAGUUCCUCUGAAGCAGUCUCUGAACCGCCAGCUUCCAUGUUCUCAAGUGUUUGGUCCCUGGGAUCUGCUGGACGUUCUGGACAAGGAGAACCAAGAACUGGGUCUGAUCAUUGAUCUGACGUUCACCACUCGCUACUACAAACUACAGGACGUUCCAGAGUCGCUGUUGUUCGUGAAGAUCUUCACAGCCGGUCACGAGGUUCCCAGCGAUGAUACGAUCCUGAGCUUCAAACGUACCGUACGCAGUUUUCUACGAGACAACGCAGAGAACGACAAGCUGAUCGGAGUCCACUGCACCCACGGGCUGAACCGCACCGGCUACCUGAUCUGCAGGUACCUGAUAGACGUUGAUGGGAUGGACCCUGAAGAGGCAGUAGAGUUGUUCAACUCGUCGCGGGGCCACGUUGUAGAACGGCAGAACUAUCUGGAAGACCUGCGAUGUGGACCCAAGAGGAGUAACGAGGGGAUGGAGGAGUCGGAGCAGGAGCCAAUGAGAGGCCUCGCUGCACAUCGGCCGAGUCAAACAGCGUCAGACUCCGACAGCAGAGAGGAGAGACGGCCACGCUGUAAUGAGUCCAGAUACCACAGCAGAUCAAACCAACGCUCCCAUCACCACCAUCAACACCAGGGCCUCCUUCCCAGUCCACCAUCACUGGGAGCCCCUCUCCGCCCGUAUCGAUGGACAACCCCUCACCCUGACGGUCAGUGGGUGAGACCCCCCAGCUCAGAGGAGAGCAGGUCCAGGUAUGCUCCACCAGAGCCGGAGAGGAGAUCCAGGUAUCCCCCACCAGAGGAGAGCAGGUCCAGGUAUGCUCCACCAGAGGAGAGCAGGUCCAGGUAUGCUCCACCAGAGGAAAGGAGGUCCAGGUUUGCUCCACCGGAGCCAGAGAGGAGGUCCAGGUUUGCUCCACCAGAGGAGAGCAGGUCCAGGUAUCCCCCACCUGAGGAAAGGAGGUCCAGGUUUGCUCCACCGGAGCCAGAGAGGAGGUCCAGGUAUCCCCCACCAGAGCCGGAGAGGAGGUUCAGGUUUGCUCCACCAGGGCUGGAGAGGAGGCCAUCUUCCCGCCUGCAGGAGGACAGAAGGAGUCUUCCUCCUCCUCCUCCUCCCCUCCCUCGUUACUCUCCACGCUGGACUGGCGAGUCCAACGGCCAUGGCAGACCUGAGGAGGACUGGACCGGUCCCAGAACCAGACCUCACUACAAACAAACUCAGAGUCAACACGUAUGACGCUGAGACCAGCUGCUGUUUCCUUUAGAGCUUCAUCAGACAGCCGAUCAAUAACACAGAACGACGUCUGCUCCGUUCCCAAACAACUAAACUGUUCUCCGUCACGACUGGAAGGAAACGGGUUCUGUCAUGAAUCACAGUCGCACGGUCACACGUUCCGGUCACACGUUCCGGUCACACGUUACGGUCGCACUGUCACACGUUCCGGUCACACGGUCACACGUUCCGGUCGCACUGUCACACGUUCCGGUCGCACGGUCACACCUUCCGGUCACACGGUCACACGUUCCAGUCACACGGUCACACGUUCCGGUCGCACGGUCACACGUUCCGGUCGCACGGUCACACCUUCCGGUCACACGUUACGGUCACACGGUCACACGUUCCGGUCGCACGGUCACACCUUCCGGUCACACGGUCACCCGUUCCAGUCGCACGGUCACACCUUCCGGUCACACGGUCGCACGUUCCGGUCACACGUUGAAUAAUGACGUUAGAGAAUAAUACCGGUUAUAACGAGCAGGAAAGUCCACCAUCGGUGGGCGGGAGCGGCGAGGUGAACGGGUGAACGGGUGAACGGGUGAACGGGUGAACGGGUGAACCGAUCACAGGACGUUCCCCUGGGAGACGGCUCCUCAGUCAUGUGUCGCGUUUCCGUUUUAUUUUGUGUGUUUUGUACGUUUUGUACGUUUCGUACGUUUCGUACGUUCCGUACGUUCUCGUCAUUUUAAACCCGAUAUUUCUUUACUGAACCGAACGCAGUAGUUUUGUUACAACAAACGUUGAUCGCAUGUUUAGAACUGUAAUCCAGAGGAACCAUGUUCCCCUCAGAACCUGUGGUGGUUCUGCAGUUUAGUUGUAUGGGAACGUCAUUUAGUGGGUUGGACAGCACCGAGUCUUUAUGGUUCUACUGCUCUGAUUAGUUGAACCAGGUUCUCAUGUUCUAACGUCAUGAGAACACUGAAGGAGUUCUGGAUCGUUGUAUUUAGAAAUGUUCUGAUAAAGAUAUUAAAGUUUGUACCAUAAA